AUGCCUUUCCCCUACGGCCUCUUUUUGGUUGCCAUUGUGACGCAAACAGCAGCCCAGAGACAACCUGAUAUCCCUUACCAGGUUACUGCUGACUAUCCAGCCGGUUGUUAUGGAGGACCUGGUCCAGGGGAGGGAAGCAACAUUGCCGAUCUUCAAGCGCCUUGCUGCAUUUACAACGUGAAGGGAUACACAGUCGGUGCAAGAGAAGCUCGGGUUUAUAGAGAAACUGCCGGUAUCAUACUCAACACCAACAGGCAUAAUUUAGCUGGCACCAUGCAAAUAAACGUCACUUUGAUGUUUAACAUCUCCCUGCUCCAACCCAAGUUCAUCGGUGCCGAAGUUGAGACGUAUGGAUUGGCUCACCUGAGUGUCGGCGAUGAAAAGCGAGAAUUCUACUUGUCCAUAGGCGGGGGCAACGUGAAACGCUCCUAUGGCACUGGAAUGAUGGUCUACACUCCAAUUAUUGAGG